UCUCCAAGGUAUACGGUAGAGUGUGGCUGCCUGGCUUAGUUGUACAAUUAGGCUUGGCCCGGAAAGUUCGCGGCUCGUUCGUCUUGUCGUCGUCGUGGCGUUUCGGCAAAGGUGCUAACUUGUUGGAUUGUUUGGUUCUAGCCUUCCCUACUCCCUAAUUGCUUUGGAAGGGUUUUUUUUUGUGUUUUGGAAAAGUUUUAUUUGGUAUUGUGUUAUUUUCUGCGGGAAAUUGCUGAGGUGCUACGAAGUUAAUAGAAAGUGCAGGGUGCUGGUUGGUGGUAAAAGUUCAACCUGCCCUGGAGCGAUAGUGAUCUUAUGGCAAAUUAUGAAGCUUUCAUGAGCUGAGAAUAGCUCCUCUAUCGAAGCAAAGGAAACGUUCCUAGGAAGAUCGCGAUCAAGUUGAUCGUUGGAAUUUAGGUGAAUUUUGAAGGUGUGCUUUUAUUUUGCAAUUCGUGAAAAGGAGUGUAAUAGCAGUUUGAGGUGAGCCUCGCGAUGUCUUGCUGAAUUGGAAAAUCGAGUUGAGUGCAGUGGAAGGAAAUAAUAAGCACAGGCGAAACCUCAAGUGUUUCUUAAUAACAGCCCGAAAAUUUAGUAAAGAAGAAGCUGUAUUUUACCUUGUUGUUCGGUAGAGUGCACAGGGAAGCAACAACUGCUAGAGGGGCAGAGAGAGAGUGAGAAGUAGAAGAAAAAAAGAGAUUCCCUAAGUGAGUGCUUCGCGGCAACCGGUGAAGAAAAUACGAUGAAAAAAACCAUCUUCUGUAUCUUCAUACACUUUACUUCGAUAUAGGUGUUCACGUACAUAAACAUCUACGGAGAAGGCCCACACCGGUUCUUUGCAGCUCGGAAGAUUCGAGCCCGUUCCGAGCCAGCGACCUGUGGAAAGAAGGUUUCCCUAGCUAGACACUAGUCGACGGAGUUGGAGUCGGUGACGACGUCGCUUUUACGGUAUAGUAGAGCGGAGUAUUUCUCCUGCCCAUCUUACCCCUCACCAAACGGAAGAAACCUGAAAACCCGUCACAUCAACCGGCUUUUUCGUCGAAUGCAGCCAGCCAUCCAACAAAGUUUGAAAUUAAUGAACGAAGCACAAUAGCACAUUGCUGCUGUUGCUGGACGGGAUUCUUCUUUGGCAAGCUUUGCACAAUCGUCCCCGAGUGAUCUCCGCUGAGCCUUUCAGAACACUUGCAUCUACAACAAUUUAGCUGGGGAUAUUGUAAGGCAACGUUUUUUUUCUCGUGUUCUCUUCAAAGUCCAAAAGGGAGCGUGGUUGGAGGUGCGCCUGCCAAGGUGCUACAAGGAUACGCACGAGUAGUUUUCAGAAAUAAAAUGUAGCUGAUCUCCAGGCUAUGGAGCAGAACAUUUUUGACGUGGCCGAUGACUUCUCGUUUCCCUGGUUGCCGGCCUAUGCAGCCGAAUCUCCGGAGUCCGAUUCGGCAAACGCCCUGAUUAGCAGCGGUUGCAAUGGCAAUGGGGCCAACGGACCGGUUAGUUCCGGAUCUAGCCGGAUGCUGGAAACGAUCGUGGAGGAAACAUCCGACGACGAUGGGGCCGAAUCGAAGCUCCAUUCACUGGAGAACAAUUCAAUCUCCGGCGGGUGGUCCCAGUACGACCAAGUAUGGAGCUCGGCCGGUUCCGACACCGGUUCGGUAAUCCGAGUCGAUACCCCGUCCUCAGAUCAAGACGCUAUGUCCGAGCGAGACUUUAUCUGUCCGGCCAAGCGUAGGAAGCAGGACAAUGACAAUGGAAACGACGAACUCGACGGGGAAGAAGGCGAAGACGUGGGAGAUUACUGUGGUGCCGAAGAUGGUGGCGUUGAUGAACUGCUACCGAGGGUGCUCAUCAAUGGACACUCCUACGAGGAUAGAUCCCUUGGUGAUGGCGCGGAAGGAACUGCCAAUGGGGCUGGCGUUGGAGGGAGCAACCAUCUUGGCGUUUUCAACGGUCGGAGACCUAGAUUCUGUGAAGUCGAUGGAGGCAUGGAAGUGACGGAAUAUUUCAUGAGACGACCUCAUGAACCAAGUUAUUCGUUUGAACUGAAGAAUCCUUGUCUAGGCAAUUCCCUGCCCCCCUCAGGAGUGCCACAAGGUAGCCAUUUAGGACCGAUAAUCUUCAUAAUCUACUUCAAUAAUUACUCUCGCUUCUCGAUGGCACAAGACGACAUCGACUUUUUACACCAACAAUUCUCCGUAUUUGCUCUCUGGUGGGGCAUGAACUGCCUUCCGUUGAACCGCAGUAAAUGCUCGGUAAUAUUGUUUUCUCUUAAGCGGAACACUCUUUGUACAGAGUACAUCCUUGAAGACGAAACCAUCACUCGGGUGGACCACAUUAACGAUCCAGGUGUUAUCCUCGAUCAACGGCUAGAAUUCAAGACGCACACGAACUAUGUUGUCGACAAAGCUUCUAGAAACCUUAGAUUCCUGUUUCGUACCCCCAAAGACUUCAAAGACGUGUACUGCCUGGAAAGUCCCUGCCGCAUCAGGGACUGUUUGGUGCUCCCUUUAUCGGCACGGACCUGA